ACGUUUCUGGAAAAAAAAGGGAGAAAGAAAAAACGCAAAUACGACUGUGUCGCUACAUCUGGAAUUCACAGACUCGUCUCGUGCUUUGACAAUCUAUAGUGGGAUCCACAGCCAACGCAAGCCAGUGUUUUCUUCCUGCUCUCUUUCUCUACCGAAGGAUUUUCCGUCUGUUUCUCUCUCACCUGCGGUCCCCAACAUGCUGGCCAUUCUGUUUGCGACAUUGGUCUUGCAUCUCACAGAUCUGAUUAUUCUCUUCGUUUCCACCUGUGCUAAUGCGUGGAGAAUACAUGGAACUGAGAGCAAUGACCUCUGGUAUCACUGCGUACAAAGUAAUGGGGGACACACCUGUCAAGGGACUGGUGAUGAAGAGUGGUUGCAAGCAGUACAGGCUCUUAUGGUCCUAGCCACCAUCUUCAGCUUGACCUCCUUCAUCAUCUUCCUCUGCCAGCUCUUCACCCUCGUAAAGGGAGGACGCUUCUUCUUCACGGCUGUCUUCCAGAUCCUCGCCAGCUUGUUUGUGAUGAGUGGGGCCAUCAUCUACACAGUGAUGAGUCCAAAGUGGAAAAGUAACAGCGACAGUUAUGGAUACGCCUUUGUUCUGGCUUGGCUGGCCUUCCCUCUCACACUCAUCAGUGGCUUCAUUUACAUCGUCCUGAGGAAGAAAGAAUGAGAAUUCAAUAUUCAGGGACUUUUUUGGAAAGGAAAACACUACUCAGCCAACAGACUCUAACCAAGUGGCGGCCUCCUAGCAUUUAGACAUAAAGUGAUCAAAGAAAAUGACAAUUCAUGAAGAUUCAGUACAGUGAAGACAUUGUGUAUGACACAAAUCUGUGUCUCUGGCUGUUGAGCCUAUUUAUAUCAGUUUUCCAAAGCUUUUUGUAAAUAGAAUGCAAUAACAUUUCAAUGAAGGCCCUGAUUUUGAUAAGAUGGUACUCAUGGAGAUAGAAGAAAAAAUCUCUUAGUAUUGUGUGUUUUAUACCCUUUUCAAAUAUAUUGUUUUUUAAUGCCAUAAUAAAAUGUACUCUUAAAUGGAUCUUAAGGUUGACUUGAAAUCUCUCUUAUAGCCAUAUGAAACAGCCAUUAAACAAAGAGUUUGUUGUGUUCAAAUUCUCGGAAACGGUGCUAUGUAUUUACCAUUGCUGAACUUUAUAGUUAGAUAUACCUAUAGACUCGAAUUUUGUACAAAAUCUCACAAAACAUUUUACAUUUGUGUAUUUUACCUGUGGUUAUAUUACUUAAUGAGAUGUCUUUUUUAAAAGAAAAAAUAAAACAUCUAAUUUUU